AUGAUUUUCUUCACGAAAACUGAGAUACAAACAGUAACCAAAUUAUCAAUCGUUGCCAGAGGAAUAGAGGUAAAUUAGCCGAAAUUAAACGAAGUUGGAAACAUCGUUUGUGACAUCACGUGCAGUCGUACGCGCCUUUGAAACGCUGCCAAAAUCAUGUUCUUUGUGAUUCCAACACCGCGCGGUUAGGUAAGGCCGUAUUGCGCCCAUUUAAAAUAUCCCACGAUCAAAACAACAUUUAACUAUAAAUUCAAUUCUAAAUAGUCUAGUUAGAAAAAUGUCUUACACAAAAUAUCUUGUAGAGAUCCCGGGGUAUUAUACAUAAAUGUAGUAUUAAGUACUCCCAUUCAAAAUGUAUCGCAGUUAUUAUCCCUUCUAAACAGUAAAUACAAUAGGUACACGUGAUCGAGUUAUAGACGAUAAUUGUUAUUUUAUAUGUUUGUGAUACAAUCGGAAUAGAAAUUAUACUGUACGUAUACAGAGUCUCCCACGAAGAUAUACCAAUCGCAACAUCUCCUGAGGCAAUAAAGAUAAUAAGAUUCUGUUUAGCUUUUCUUUUAAUUUAGAAAAAUACAAUAUGUUGUUUUUAGUUUCUGAGCGUAGCGAGGAAUGUAUUUUUUUUCAAUGACGUGUGCCUUUUUUUGUGUAUGCGUACAACUUUUUUAUCAGAAAUAUUGCUAUCCAAUCAAAAACUGAUGAUAUUUUUUGUCGAAUUUCGGAUUAAAUCGGUGUAUUGAGCAGGUCAUUGUUUAUUUUUCCAAAUGGAUUUCAUAAUAAUAAGGAAGAACCGGAAAAACAUAUUUGCGAUUUAUUUAAUUGGAUGGAGGUCCAUAAUUUAUAACAGUUAUGUACCUGCAGGAGCGUACCCAAUAAUUUUCAAUGGAAGGGAAUGUAGCAAAAAAGAAUCGUAAAUAAAUCGUAAAGUCGUCUCCUUUAUUUUACUCGACUAUAGGAAUUGGUAAUUUAAUAGCUGGAUUCUAAAAAAAAAGCCAAUUUUUAAUCAUUACAUCAAGUUUUUUCUUGAACUUGGCUGAAAUAUACGCAUUUCGGUAUUAGUUUACUCAUAUUUUUUUUUGUAUUUUUAAGCCAAUUGAUUUAACUAUAAACCUGCAUCCUCUACACAUGCCACUGUAUACCUGAAAUUUUUUUUUUGGGGAUACAAUAUUAAAUAUAUAUGUAAAUUCCAAUAGUCUUAUUAGCUAAUUAUAACUACUUAUAAUCCAUCAAUAAUUAGUUUUAAUUAGCACAUCGGCACGAUUACUCUUAUAAUUUCUAUACUCUUUAUUACUUAUGCUGCAGAAAUAUUUUUCUGAUUUAAAUUUUUGGAUGGGAACUAUUCCCCUGGACCCUCUCUCCAUAAAUAAGUUCGCCACUGGUUUCAUCGGUCACACAACCUUUUUGAAAUAUAGACGUGUAACAAAUCUGGUAUACUUUUACCACUUUUAAGAUUUAGUUUUAUUACGUUUUGAUAGGUAAAGGACGAAAUGUUAAAUUCGUUUUUAUCUAUAGAUAAACAUUUUUUAGUUAAUUAUCUCCAUCUAAAUAACAUUAUAAUUCUACUAACUCGUGUCUUCAUCUAGGUAUUUUUAAAUUUAUCUCUAUACAACAACGGUUAUAGAUAAUAAUAAUAAUAUCAUUUCCGGAUGGAUAUCUUAUUGAUCUACGAUCUGUACCCAUUCAGUAUCUUAGACAAGUAUUGUGUUCAAUAUUCAGAAACAAAAUUAUAUUUUACAUUCAUAAUAUUAUUUUUGCCGUACUAAUAGUAUUAUAGGUAGAUGCUAUUAUAUCGUGCAAAACAUAUUUAACUAUUUUUGAGUACAAAAAAAAAAAAACCAAUUAUAUCAAAUAAACCACUUACCCAUAAUUUAUUGGGCAAACAUAAUUUAUUAUUUAAUUGUUGAGAUAAGAGCAUUGCUCGCAGUCACGCAUAGCUAUUAUUAUUUUAAUAUAAAUUGCAUAUUAUAGUAAUGUGAGUCCUGAAAAUUCACCGCGGCUUUUACAACGAGUUUUUUGUUGUUGUUUUUAUUUUCUUUUUAUAAAGAAUAACCUAAUAAUUUACCAACUGUAUACGAGAAAACUUCUAUCUUCAGUUUUAUGAUUGAAAACUUCUUUAUAGACUUGAAAAUUACAAAACAAAAAUAAUAAACAUAAAUCACACACCAUAUAGAAAAACCAAUCCAUUAUCCGCUACUCUCAGAAUCUAAAAUUAUUAUAGUCUAUAAUAUUAAUAACUUUAGACUUUAGUAUAAAUUUAGUAUCAAUAAUAUAUUGUCGUUUUAUAAUUUGAAAACCGAUAAUCGUCUUUUCGUAUUAGCAGGUAUUGUUACACAUUAUAUUUAUACAUUUUUCAGGAAAAAUGGUCCAAAGGGAGAAGUAAAGCACGAGGCUCCGACACUGAUGAGUCGCCUUCGGAAUCUCCUAUACUAUCAAGAUUAGUUCGUCCCGACACGUUACAACAAACCAAAACUUCAGACUCAAAAAAUACUCAAAGUUCAAUUACAAGUGGUAGGGUAUAAAAGUUUCAAACUUAUUGAGUUUCGAUAUACCUAAAAAUGUUUUAUUUGGAUAAAAUUAAAAUGCAAUUUUAUUGUGGUUUGUAUAAUGAAAUAACAUUUUUAUCACUAAUAAUUUAUAAUAUGAAAAUAUUUGCCGGGUAAAUAAAUUACUCAUUUAUUUUAUUAUAAUUUAAAAGAAAUAAACAUUUUGUGGUUAUUUUUUUUUUUACAAAGUACAAUAAGUUUUUUAAAGUUUUUCAAAAGCUGCUAUACCAAGUUUUAAAAAUGCGUGAUAGACAUGGUCGUAUUGGCUCAUCUUACAGUUCGGUUGUUUGAGGAAUCCGAAUUUGAGAAUUUCAUUAAGAUUAAACUCAGUCAUGUUAAGUACGGCGUAAAAUAAUUAACCGAGUGUCUGCAGUUUCAAGGACGGGGAGAAAAAAUACUUCUCAAUCUUCAUUAUUAUAUUAUAUGUUCGCUCAUUAUAAUUUUAUUCAGUAAAGAUUCAAACUGAUUAAAAAGUUAAAAUACCAUUGUAUAAAGAUAAAGUACAUAAUUAAGAAUGGAACAUUAUUAUUACAGCUUAUAAUUCGUAUUAAAGUCUUCAAAUACGAACACAAACAUUUUUUUUUUAUUCGGUGGUUUUUUUUUUGAAAAUUGUAUUAAACGUACUUACAAAAUAAUAUAUUAAAUAAAAUUAAUUUCAUUUUUAUAUUUGAAUACAAAUAUGUCUAUAAUCACUGAUAAAAUAUUUUUUAUCCAAAGAGAAUACUGUAUAAGUAAAAAUUUUAAUAUUUCUUACCUAUUUGAUUGUUUCAGAAUUCGGUUUAACUCAAAAUUGGUUCCAGAAAGUCGUUUCGCGUGAUAAUCCAAUUCGGCUUCGGAGACAAAAUUCAGUUAGAUCCGAACAACAAAUUGACAUAAUCACACCGGUAAUUUUUAAUUUAAAUAAAUAUAGUUACAAAUUAAUUUCUUUACUAUCACAUGACUAAUUUUUAACAGUGUGUAAAUAGUAAAAUGCAGACCUUUUUAAGUUUUAACGAGUAGGUUGAAAACAAAAUAGGUUAAAUUAUUUGUUUAUAUAUUUUUAUUUAUUUCACGAAACAGUUUUCUCUAAGGAAAUUAUCAAUGUUAAAUUAGAAAUUUGAAUGGAAAUUAAUUGGAAUCAACAUUGAUUAAGUCGUUUAUUUUAGAAAAGGGCAUCUCGUACUACGAGGAUAGGUAAAAUAUGCUCAUUCCAAAAUGUACAAAACGAUUAUUAUUUUAAUUAAUUAAAAUUUAACCUUAAUUGAUGUAAUAAUGGUACAAUUUUAUUUUACACAUUUUAUAAUAAUUGACAUUUGUAUACUUUAUAAUAAAUUUAUAUCUUUUACAGGAAGGUGAAAAUCCAGUCCAGAAUGAAAAUUUGCUCAGAAAAUACGAUUAUUUCCAACUUAAAAUACAUUUGAAAAGAGGAAAAGAUCUUAUUGCCCGAGAUAAAAAUGGUACGUACAUUAUCAAUUAUUUACGAUACAACGAAAAACUCCAAGAAAUGUAAUUUGGUACCAAAUAAUUAUUAUAUUUUAUUGAAAUUGUUCAUAUUUUUAGGCCUUAGCGAUCCCUACGUGAAAUUCAAAAUUGGCGGAAGGCUGAUACAUAAAUCAAAAACUGUGUAUAAAAAUCUAAAUCCUACUUGGGACGAAACGUUCACAUACCUACUGGACGAUGCGUUUGAACCGAUUCAAAUAAAGGUACAGACAAAAUUCUAUCGUAACAAUAAUUAUACAAUGGCGCGAUUUAAAAUUAACAAAACAAAUUUUGAUUAUUUUUAAUAGGUAUUCUUUUGUGGUGGGAGUAGAGUCCGCUAUAUUGAAAAUAUAUUGACUUAUCAAAAUGUUGUGCAGUCAUUAAUUUUAAACGUUGAAUGAUAAUCUACGAAUUAAGUCCGCCAAAAGGAUAUUGCGUAUUUUUAUUAUACAAUAUACAUAUAUAAUGUAUAUUCGGUAUAAUAACAAUAGGUCGUUUAAUUUUUAGUGAACGUUUAAAUCUGUAAUUAAUUCGGAUAAUUUAAAAGGUUAGCCUUUAACACUUUCAAAUUUCACUUUAUUUUUAAUACGAUUUUCAGUAGGUGUUUUUAAUAAUGCUAUAAAUCUCGUUUAUUUGCAAUAGGUUCCUUCAUAGUAUUAUUUCAAAUUCUGUAUUUGUAUAUUGCGUGCUAUUUAGAUGUUUCGUGAAACGUACUUAGGUAAACAUUUUAAAUUAAUACAAAUAAUAUAGUAAAUAAAUAAAAUUCUAUACUUAUACUAACAUACAAUAAUAUGUUUAAAAAUAUUUAUCAUGGAAUCGUAUACUCAUACGUGGUGAACACAAUAUACAUAAACGUUAAUUGUUUACCAAGUCGAAGAAUUUUCGUCAACUUAAGAUUUUGCGUUCUAAGCAAAUAAUACAAAACGAUUAAUAUUUAUCCGUUAUUCUUAAUAUGUUUCGUCGUUUCGGUUUUUGGUAAUCAUAAAAAAGUUAUUUUUUUUCUACGAAGUGUGUAAGUUAGGAAUUUGAAAAAAAAAUAAGUGAUAUAUUUAUAGAAUAUAAAUAUAAUGCUUUGUGGAGAAUCAUUAAGCUAACUGCAGGAAGCGUUUAAAUUUCAAUUUUCAGCUUUACUCGGGUCGGUUUUUCGAAUAAAUAUUUGACAACAACGUAAUGUAAUUAAUAAAAGCAAAUUGAAUUUCCAAUCACUUGUAGGUUAUUUCUGUGGUUAACGAUAAUUGUACAUUUUUUAAAUGUUCUAGUAUUUCUUCGUAAGUUUCAUUAAAUUAUGAAUCGUAUACAUUUUUUUUUGGUAAAAGAAAAAUGAAAUUUUCUUUUAGUAUUUACAGACGUGUUGGAAAUGAUUAUUAUUUAAAAAUGUUAAUAAUAAUAAAAGCAAUUUACAAAUUACAACAGACGCUUAAUAAUUAUUGCACUUGUUUGUUUUCAUUCGUCAAUACCGUUGAAACAAAGUCAUCAGUCAACGUAAUCGAUUUAUAAUUUUUAUUAUUUAAUUAAAUCGAAUGACAAAAAUAAAAAAAAAAUAAAUCUAAUGAAGAAAAAAUUACAUACAAUAAUCUUAUUAACUAUAUUACAUUCUAUUUUACGAGGCAGUAUAAUUUUGUGUUAAUUUUUUUUUUCUUUUUAGUGAUUAUGUAAUUUGACUCCUUCUUCUUGUUCUAUGCAAUUGAUCGUAUUCAACCUUUAUAUAUUUUAUGUAUUUUUUUUUUGCUAUGAAUGUUUAUUCACUAAUAAAUAAUAAUUAAUAAUUAUUUACUGUUUUUGGAUCGAAACGAUCGCUAUUUGUCACAAAAUAACAAAUUGUAUUUUAUCUUCGUUACUGCAGGUUACUUUAAGUUUAAAUUGAAUUUUAUUCUACUCCAAAAUGAAAAUAAAAACCUAAAAUAUCGUCAAUGUAUUAUCCUGUCUGAUGUAUUAAAUUAAUCGGCUCAGUUCGUAAUCGAAAGGGCAUUGUUUCAAAUCUUUUAUUUUCGUGUCGCAAACAGCUUGUUAUUCUUCUUCUUCUUCUUUGGGUUUAUUUCAGUAGGAUCCGAUUAUCUUAUUUUGAUGUUAAUUUUUUUUAAUUCGACAUCUCUCUAUAACUGUCACAAUUUGUCGUCUCGUUCUUGAUGGCAUUUCCGUGUCUUCUCUCCUCAAUAACUACAAAAAUAUCCGUGUAACUUUUAACCUAACUUUCUAGAUUCAAUUCGAUUUACCAAUAAUUGCUACGGUUUAUACCAAUAAUUGAGCUUUAAACGUUGUCAGUACCGAUAAUACGGCAUACUAUGCCGAUUCUCAGUCGAUUUAUAACAAAUAAGUUAUAAAUUUAAUAUAUUUCGUUAAAUAAAUCAUAUUAGAUGAGUUUACGGUUAAAUUAUUACAUUAGUUUACAACUAAUUAUCACAUAAUUACAUUGAAUGCUUAGUUAUAAGACGUUUUGGCGAGAGUCAAAAAAAAAAAAAAAAAAAAAAUCAAAGGUUUGUCAGGUUUUUUACAUUUUUUUUGUUUUUCAAAAGGAAUAUCGUAUAACCUAUAUUAACUCUAGAUAAUUUCUUUAAAUUACGUAUAAAAACUGAUUCAUCACAUGUACGCUUAUCAUUAGAUCCAAAAUGAAAAUAUUGUGCUGAAAUUAAAUCCAUACCAAAAUAAUUAUCAAAAAUAUCUUAUUUUGAUUAAGCAGAACAAAAAAUAAUAAUAACAGUGUAAAUCAGUGGCGACGUAAACUUUUUUAUUUUAUGAGACAAACAUAGAUGUUAGAGGUUGACCACCACCACCUAAGUGUUAUUAGACAGAGCCUCCACACACUGCUCCCUCCCAUAUUCACAAAUUUACCAUUCCACAAAGAUAUGUUUUAAUUAAUGGUAAUUUUGUAGUUUAUAAAUAUUAAAAAUUAAUAAAAUUGGGCACUUCGUAUAUUUUAAUAAUGCAUUACACCUUUUUUUUUAUUUCGCUAUCCGCCAAUACAAUAGAACACUGAACUAAUGAUCAAAAUUCUGAGCUAUAUAAAACAUGUGACAUUUAAUCGACAGAGUUAGGAGUCUGUGGGAUUGUUUGUUUAAAAUUAAUUUUUACAAUUAACGAAUCAUCAAUUUUAUUUUAUCUUAUUCGCAAAAACUGUGAUUUAUUGAAAUAUUUGCUGGUUACCUUAACAGUGAAUAUUUAAUGAACAAAAGUUAAAGUGAAUUAGUGAAACAUAACAUAUUAACUUAAUAUAAAUAUAUAUUUACGUUAUAUUAAUAACAAUAAACUUUUAACUAAAGAAUAAUGUAUUAAGUAUGAAGUAUCAAUUGGCAAUAAUUUAUAUUUUUAGCCUGGAGGUACCACCACCCAAUUCAUGAAUAUGAAUACCCUAUCGCACCGCCACUGGUGGAAAUAAACGCUGAUGUGAAUUAAUUUAAAAACAGUCUAAUUAAUAUUAUUCGUAUUUGGAUAAACAUGUUAUUUAUGCGAAUAACUUUUCAUUUACACAAUUUAAUUUGUAUAGGUAUUUUUUUAAAUUUUUUUUUUUAGUCGAUUGAUUUUCGAGGUUGUCGAUUUAUUUAUAUUAUAUAUUAAUACAAACAUACUUGAUUUUGCGCCGCAAUUUAAUAGUUUAAAUUACGAGGGUCUCCAAACUAUGAGGUCAGCGAACAAGUUUUAACCGGAUCUCUGAUCUCUAAAAUUUAAUCACUUUACUUAAAAUCCAGUUCUAACAACGUUUAUCUAAAGAAAUAAACAUUUUUUUUUUUUUUAAAUUCAGUUGUGAUAUUGAGUUAAUAUUUACCACCCUACAAAUGGGAAAACUAUGGAUUUGUAAUGUAAUGAAACGCUUAAAAUCAAACCUUGAUCAUAGUUGAAAAAGUAUGAACUCCUUCCUUCCUUUGGGCCGGUUCAGAGAUUUUAAUAUAGAGUUUUAUAAGGUCCUUGGAUAAAAAUGUUUGGAGAUUCCUGGAUUAGAAAAAUAAUACACCGUUGCGUUAAAUUAUAUUAUUACUAACUUCGUAACAGUAUUAUAACAAUAUGCACGGUGGGUAUACUAUUUAACAAUUUAUAAUACGGUAAAACAUCCACAACUCAAAAUUGAAAGGACCAACAAUUUCUCUCGACUUAUAUAUUAUAGCUACUUGCACAUCAUAAUUAAUUUAAUUGCUGGUAAUUUAUUCAAUACUGCAAACCACUCAAAGCAGGUUUAUUUGUUUAAAAUUAUUUAAUUAACAAAGUUCAAAAGUAAAGAUAUCAAUCAAAUUGCCCAUUAAUUGUUUAUUAUCACUUCUUCUUCCAUAGCAUAUUCUAUUUUCUAAGAGUUUUUGCCGUUAACACAAUCUCCUUACACUUAUUUAACUCAAUCCCGAACUAAUUCUCUCCACUCUUGUACUCGCAUACAUUUCCUAGGCUGAUCUCGAGUUUUCUCGCUCAUUGAUUUCCAAUCCAAAACUGAUUUAUCCAUAUGUUUUGGUUUACUUCGAGAAGGAUUUAAGGACUUAAGGAAUCUACAUAGAGCAAAUACCGAUUUUCCGCCUUUGUCGCCAUCAAUCAUGUCUCUCUUGACUAGUCGUUAUUCAGUAUUAUUCCCACGUACUGAAAUUCGUUGUACUUGUCGAAAGUUAGAGCUUCCAUACAUCAGUGUCAUUUCCUGCGUUAUCUAAUAAUCCCGUACAUUUGUUUUUUUUUCCUAGAUUAAUUUCCAACCAUAAUUAUAUUUUACUAACUACUAAUUCUAUAGUUGUGCGAUAAAAAUUACUAUUUAAUCUCUUAUAUUACCGCGAAAAUAAAGAAAUAGGAAGAUACACAAUAAAUAGCCAAUAUGUAAUCCGUAAUAUGUACGGACGGAGAAAAUAUAAAUAUAUAUGUAAUACCAAUUUUUUUUUUUAUGUUAUUAUAUCAAAUUGCAAUAACGACAAAUCCGUUACAACGACAACGCAGUAUCUUGUCGAUUGAGUUGAUAUUAAUAUUCAUAAGUUUUUUAUGCUUUUAGCGAUUUUACAUUUUAGACGUUUAAAAGUUCUAGAAACUUUUUUUUUUAAAAAAAAAAAAAAAAAGAAGUAUAUAAGUAUCAUAAUCGACGUUCGUCUUAAACCAUUUGUUAUUAGUCUGAUUAAAUUUAUUUGCUAUUACUUUAAAUUAUUUUAAUUUUUUUUUUUUUUUGAAGUCAUUUUAGGCGCCACGCGUUUUAUCGACUCUUUUGGAAAUCGAUAACACGAAACUCUAUGGAAAAUAAGUCUAUGUCACGAAAUGUAAAUUAUAAUUUUACUAACAAAAUGCAUAAUACGUGGUAUUUUUUUUUUUUUACAUAACGCCCUUUCAUGCACUACACCUUAUACCACUAUACAUAAUUGGUUUACGUAAAGAAAUAAAUUCAAAUAUAUGUAAUAUAUAUUCUGUAUAAAAAAAAAAAUAUGAUAAUAAUAAAGAAAAUAAACAAAAAAUUAUAAUUUUUUUUUUUUAACUAUUAAAUCCCGGAAUUAUAAUAUUUGCAUAAAAUGUAUAGAUUGCGCUUUUAUCAAUUGAAAUGUAUAAAAUUAAAAUAGCGAUGCAAAUUGUCGAUAAAGUUAAAAAGUCUGUUUUAUGACAUUUCCAAACGAUACAUUGACUAUGGGAAACUGCAGACUAAUACUUUGUUUUAUUAUUUCAGGUUUUUGAUUACGAUUGGGGCCUUCAAGACGACUUUAUGGGAGCGUCGCAGGUCGCUCUGGCGGCCUUAGAAUUGGGCAAGUGAGUUUAAUAUGUCGUAACUUCAUUAGCCUAAAAUAAUUAUUAAUAAUAUAAUUAUUUUAAUCGAGGUUUAAAUCAAAUCAGACUAAAUCUCUCGAAAGCUUAAUCUAACAUUAAUAAUAAUUAAUAAUUUCUACAUUAAAAACAAAAAAAAUAUAAUAAAUAAGUAAAGAAGGUAGAAUACAUAAUGUGUCCAAGUAUCAGUACAAUAAUGUGUAACGUAAGAAACGAUGUAAAAUUACCAACGAAAAACCGUUUUACGCAGAGUAUAAUUUUUGAUAAAUUUUAAAUUGAACUUUUCAAAUUCUGAGCGCAUAGCGAGAAAUAUAUUGGUAUUAUUAUUUUACUAUGAUGUGUUUUUUUUUCUUUUUACCUCUGAACGAAUUUUCUACCUGAAAAUUUUAGAUCACUAUGAUUAUCAUGUAGCAGUGAAUUACAAAAAAAAAAACCCGUUUUUUCUAUUAUUUAUAAAAAAAUCACCUUACCAAUAAACUAACUUGACAAACUGCUAGUGAUCAACACUCUAUUGUUGUUGAUUAGAACGAGUCUUUGGUCGAAAAGUUAUUCACAGACAGAAAUAAAAAGAGAAAAAAUAAACAUCAUAACAGCAAAACCGAUACAUUCCUUGUUUUACGCUCGGAUUCCAAUAAUUUGGUAAUUUGGUAAUUCGUAUAUGGUUUUUGUCCGCCUCAACUGAUAAAUUAUCAUUAUUAUUAUAGUCGGUUUUUUUUUCCAGACAACACGAACUGUGUCUGCAAUUGCGGGAUACCCAAAACGCCGAGUACCUCGGUGAGAUUUAUCUGGACGUGACUUUAACGCCACAAUCGCGCGAAGAACGCGAACAGGUAAUCGACUUAUAGAUUAAUCAUUAGAUAUACGAAUAGGUACCCAUUGUACUAUAAAUUCGAUUGACGUUUCGUAUAAAUAUAAUUCAUUUAAUACGAAACCUACGCGUAAAGAACGACAAUACAACGUUUGAAAUUGCGUAUUGUACGCGGGAUACGUUGUUUUACAUUAUCGCAUCCUGACAAAAACAACCUGUUCCAUAGAUCGUGAUCGUCAAAUCUUUGUUUUUUUUUUUUUGGAAAAUAAUACGACAGGCAAGGGUAAAGGAAACGAAUCCAUUGUUGAUGCGUUAAAUGCGCUAAAUAUAAUUAUUUUACUUAAUUUUUAAUCGCAUUAUGAUUACAUUGAGUGUAGGCACCAGGAGAUAUUGUAAUCUAUGUCGAUUUUUUUUAUGUUCGGUUAGGUAUUUAUUUUCAUACGAAUAUAAUUAUUUGUAUAAACUAUCCGUUCGUAAUGCGUUUAGUUCGUUAAAAUUUUUUACAUAAUAUUAUUCCUAGUGUAACAGAAAAGCUAUUAAUUUUACCGACAUUUGUUUAUUUGGUCGAAAGCACUUUUUCCGUUAUUGAAAUGCUCCGAAUUUUAACGCCGUACUUUAAAAUGUGCGAAAUUUAUCAUCUAGCGGUACUUUAUUUGGAAUACUAAUCUUGUAUUAUAGACAGUGUUUAAAAAAACUGUUUAAAAAUGACGAUACAUUGGUUUUAUUUUUGUUGAUUUCCGGAUUAUGUCCGGUAUUUUUAUAUAUUUUUUUGGUAUUAUUAUUUAUCGGGUAAAAAUAAUGUACUCAUAAGUUUCAUAUAAUAUAUGAACGUAUGUCUAACCACUAUACAGGUUGAAAGCUGGACACAGAUGUCAUUUCUGAAAAGCGAUUCGUUUUCCAAAAUAAUUACUGAAAAUUGGAAAGAAAUGACUAAAUACCACGGUAUAUCGGUAAGGAAGGGAGAAAUCCUGGUUUCAUUACGAUAAUGGUGAUGAAUUUUCGCACUAUUUUAUUAAUGUUUUAAAAAACUACAGGAACAUUAAAAUAUAUACACUGUCUACCUUUAUAUUUAAUAUUUGAGUAAUUUACAUAUUUCAAAAAUAAUUUAAUUUUUCAUACAGUUUUUAGAAAUGAGACGUUAUAACACAAUAUAAUAUAUAUGUAUUUUUUAAUUUAAAAAUGUCUAUAAUUUCUAAAACAUUUUAAUAAAAUUUACAAUUUUAAUUUAGACGGCCUAAUAUAAUCUAUAUUAUAACAGUGACUUAUGUAAGUAUGAUUCCAUAGGUAUUUAAAAAACACAAAGAAAUAUAAAUAUUAAACACGUAAUCGUCUUUGCGGUAAAUUAUUUAUUUGUUCUCAUAUUAUAAAAUAUAUUAUCUUCUGUUUCUUUUCUGGUUUUUAUAACUCUAACAAUCGUUAACUUUCAUAACUCUAAAAUAAGACGAUAUUUUCCACAACCACAUUUUCCAGAGCUUCCAUCAGAUUUGCUCCCAAUUUACUUUGGUUUUAGCUACUUUAACGGUGUUUCCAUCGUUUCUGUGCAUUAAUUGUCUGAGGCUUUGUAACGUUUGUAAUUUAUGAAGCUUGUGACUGACGCCAUUUCUACUAUAUCAUUUAAUUCCUUAUUGAAUUUCCUUCUCUGUCAUCUAAAAUUAUUAUCAAACUUUUGGCCAUAAAUCUUCCGCCGAAUUCUAUUUUCAAAAAUUCCUAAUCUUUGUUCUGUAAUAUUGGUAGUAUGUCUCGUGUCUCGAUCUAUGACUUAGCGUGGACUUUAUUAUUUACGUAUACGAGACAUUUAUAGAUAUUUAGAUUCUGAGUGGACUGAGGAAUAUAUUGGUUUUACAAUGUUGUUAACAAAGUUAACAGAAAUUUUGUUCCUGUUUUCAAGUAUAGCACUUUUUCUGAAAAUAAAUUGUAUCUGAGUGGUACUUUAAGAAAGUAAUUUUUAAAUUUUUCAAGAGGUUUUUCUAAUAAUUGGAAAAACAAGAAAAAAUCGUAGGAAAAACUGAAAAAUUUACGAAACAUAUUUUUUUUUUAAAUACUGAUUUUUGUUGUGAUUCAGUUUAAAAUAUUCUUGAAGACUUGAAAUUUAGGCAAAAACUUAUACUUAUCUUUUCUAGAUGUGGUAAAAUUUUCAAAACAUUUGAGCUAUUUUUAGACAUUUUAAUUUUAAAAGUUUUUAGGUUAUUUUUAUUCAUUGAAUAAAAAUAACUCAGUAAAUACAAAUAUUAGACCAAACAGAAAUCGUUGAAAAUUUAAUGGGUUAAAAAAAAUUUGUGUAUAAUGUGGAUUUUUUUUUAUAACAAUUUUAGUAUCAAAUUUUGACGAAAUCUUAAUAUUAUGGUUUUUCAAAGCAUGUAAAAACAAACUCCACUCAGUUUCGUUUUUCGUUAGCAAAGAUUAACUUGCGUUCAGAUAUACAUUAAAUUCUCCUCUAUAUCCUACCUUCCCAACUGUUCACCCACAAUAGUAACCUACCCAUCGUACGAAGUAUUUCCGUAUUUUUUUUUAUUUUUUUUUUAUUUACGAUCCUUUAAAACUAUUUAAGAUCAAAUUAUAAAAGAUUAAAAUAAUUCGUGUAAUAUUUUGUUAGUUUAGAGAUUCAAGCGAUACGUAAAUGGACUGUCUGUUAUAUAUAGUACGACUAUUAACUAUUUCAGAAUUGGUUAAAAAAAUAUUUACUAUCAUUAUACACUAUACGAAUAUUUUUAAUUUUUAGUCUGUUUUAUUGAAACUUACAGCUCAUUAUAGGGAAACAUGGUAGUAUUUUGGUUGUAUAUUAUUUUUAAAGCAAUGGUUUUUAUUAUAAAUUGUGUCGUUUUAAACUGCAUUUUAUUUUUUUAUGUUCAGACAUUUUUGAGAGUGGUCAUUUCACUGCAUUUGUAAACAUUUAAGAUACAAAAAGUUUAAAUUAAUUUCUGUUCUGAGUACACGAUAAGAAGUUAUUCGUUUUACUGUGAUGUUUUGUUUUACAUUUUUCCGGGAAGUUAAAAAAAAAAGUAGCUUAAUAACCAGGAUUUUUUCAACUAAAUUAAUUUGAUCAGUUUUUUUUUGAAAAAAUCACCAAUAGGUACCGGUUUUACGAGUUCUGAUCAGAAUCGCUUUUUUGAUUUUUUUGCUUUAAUUAUACAAUAAUUAAUAUAAAAACUUCUUAUCUAGAACUUUAGCUGACCCAGAAUACGGCUUUAUUGUUUUCCGGAUCGUUAUUCCGUUUUCAGUUUUAUUUUAAGAAGUGAGCUUAGGUAUAUAUUAAUCAUACUAUCAUAGAAAUUAAACUUUGAAGACAUAAUUAGUUAAUAACGUUCAUAGCGUUAAUUGUAUAUCUUAAAAUUAAUUAUUAUUCUGUAGUUUUAAAGUGAAGUGCCUUAGACAGAAAUAAAAAUAAAACACUCGGAGCAAUUAUAAUAAUUAUAAAUCGAGAUAAUGUAGUCUGUUUUUAACCUACAGACAAUAAUAUAUUCUAUUAUAUACGCUGUACAGGAUAAUCCACUUAUCACGAAUCAACAGUUUUUUCGGAGAAUGUUUAGGGAAUUUUUUUUCUGUUUUAUUUUUUUUUGCUAAUCAUUUUGAGAUUGUUUAAGUUUUAUUUUAAAACUAUUUGUUAAUUUUUUACUUCUACUUCUCAUGCCUUAGUGAACCCAUACUUUCGAUUUCCUAUCAGAAACUCAUAUAUGAAUGUUGAUAAAAUUUUGUCUGAAAAUUUUGAUAUGUAUAACAGUAUAAUAUCGGAUUUACCGUUUAUGAAUUAGAUUAGUUUAUAUCGGAGCAGCAGCAGGGAAGACGUAUAAAUUUCAUAUCCGUUUUUAGAUGAUAAAUUCAUAACAUUCACUAGUCCCCCGGUCUAAACUCUUGUUAUAACUUAUAAACGGAAAAUCCGAUAUCAAUGUUAUACGUUUAUCUAUUAAGUAUUAACAUUUUUAAAAAAUAUCUUCAUAUAUUUGAUUCUGUGUUUAAAAGUGGUGUUGUUUUUUGAAAAUCCAAAGUGUUUAAUUCGCUUCAGGUAUAAGGGCAGGGGUAAUAAGCUGAAAAUUAUGUUAAAAUAAAGUGUCAACGAUUUCAAUAAUGAAUGGAAAUAAAAAACAGAAAUCAAAUUCACUUUAAAUCUUUAGAGAGAAAUCAAUGAUUCACGAUAAGUGGAUCGCUCGGUAAAGUGUAAAUGAUGAAUAUUCAUCGCAGAGAGAUAAUGUUUGUGUAUACCUCACUUAUAUUAAAACGUUUAUUUUCGCUUUAAAUAAUUUUAUACUUUUAACACGGUCAUAUUAUCUCGACUCGUAAGAACACUUAAGGGUUAAACGAUUUUUUUUAAAACUUACGUCAACGCAAAAACAAUAGCUUUUUAUAUUUUUCGUUAUGAAUAAUACAUUAUAAAGUAGGACGUACGAGAGUAGUUUAUAAAAAUCAUACAUCUCUCGCUUCCCAUAUAAUAUCAAAAAUGUUUUUUAAAAUAAGGUAUAUAGUGCCUUAUUAUUUGGUUUUGUAGACGAUUAUUUAAGUGUUAAGCAUUGUCAAUCCCCCGUCAAUUAAUCAUCAACAAUAUUGAUCACACGACAAUAUCGAUCACAAAUGUAGUGUUCCAUGUUCGAAGAAGAGUAAAAAACAUUUUUUUGAAUAUUUUUUUUUUUUAAGUAGCCUUUAAAAAACUUUUGUACAACUACUUCGUAUUAUAUAUUGUCCUAAAUGGUUUCCUGAAAGCAACGGUUUUAUCUUUGCUUUUAAAUUUAAAAUAUUACCGGAUCGUGCCAAAAUGAGGUAAAUGAGACGAGUUUUCUGCAGCGCACUCAACUGCAGUACUUUUUUCUCCGUUUAAAUUAUAAAUUAUAAGUUAGAAUUUUAAAUAACGCAAACUUAAGCUUUGUAUUAAAAUAUGUAUUUUUUCAUCACGAUUUCUGUAAACCUAGUUAACAAAUUACUCCACGGUAAUAACAAUUAAUUCUAUUGAACAUUUAAAAUAUGUAUUUCUUACAUAAUAAUCUUUGUAAUUAUGUUAAAUUUUGAACGUAACAAGGAUUGUAUUGGUUUUAUUAUUAUGUGUGCUUUUUUUUUUUUCUGUUUGUUGUAUGUUGGAAUUUUUUUCACUGGAUAUUUAGCAACCUGUAAUAUACUUCAAAUUUAAUUGUUGUACUCCAAUGAAUUUAUUGUCUGACACUAGUCAAAUAUGAUAUAAAUCUAAAAAUUUGAAAAAGAUAAAAAAAUAUAUCGUUACUUAUUAAAGUUCUCGACGAAGUAUAAUAAUGAUAAUACGUCUGAAAAUUAAUUGCAUAUUAUAUUAUUAAAAAAAAACAUUUGAUUCAGAGUCUUCAAAAAACUGGAAAAAUGUCUGAAAUGGGAAGAAAAUACAAAUGUCAAGUCUGGAGUUCGGUAGUGACGAUCGUGUUGAUUAAAAUAAAACAUUUUUCCAUUGCUGAUGGUUUGUGCGACCCGUACGUUCGAUUUAGGUAGGUACCUAUCGAUUUGUACAACGUUAUUUCAAUGGCGUUUGCAAAUAAAUAUAAAUCUCAACUAUUAUAUUAUUAAUGAUUAUGUUCAAUUGUCGUUUAUAGAUUGGGAGGUGAAAAAUACAAAAGCAAAAGCAGUAACCGAAUGCCUACGCCUACUUGGCCGGAACAGUUCGAUUUGCAUUUGUUCGACGAUCAGACACAGGACCUGGAGAUAAACGUGUGUGCCAAAGACCGUUCGCGCGAAGAGAUAGUCGCAAGGUAAUUCAUUAUCACCUAUACGAUGAUAAUAAUUUUUCAUACUACACAAAUCAUCUUAAAUAUUUACGAUUAACUAACCGAAUUGAUUGAUUUUUUUCUUCUUUUAUUUCUUAUUAGUAAUAGUAUUAACAGUGCUUUAACCCAAACUCGUAUUUGGGAUCGAUUUCCGGGGGAUGGGGGGGGGGGUUAAAAUAUUUUAUGAACUUGUAGUUAGUUUUCGUUAUAUAAUAAUAUAUACCUAUUUUAAUAAUUUCGGAGAAGGUGGGGUUGAACCCCUAUCCUCUCUAUCUACAGGCUGUACCCGGGGAAGUUUUUGAAGAAACAGGCACCGAUCUUUCUUUGUCAUAUAUUUCUAUAAAUAACAUAUAUAUAUAUAUGCUUAUAUAUAUUCACAUUUAUCAAUCCGUAGGGCGAUCUACAACUUCGAUAUUCUUCAUUCUAAUCGAUUGCUUUCAUUUUAUUUUGGUGCCUUAAACGUGUUGGCUCUUGCAUCAUUUUUAAUUUGUCCUAUACAAGUGUUAUGGCUGUUACGUACGAGGUCGUCAUGUAGUUCUGUUUCCUUUCCUUCGACUUCUAUAGUUAUAACUAAAACCCUUACAACUACGUUAUGCAGCUCUUCCGGGCUGUUACAGGACAUGUCUAACUAUUUUUCAACGUCUAGCUCUAUUGCAUCGUCCAUGAAUUUGCAUUCCUAGUACCUGUUCAUAAGUUUUCCUCUCCAUCCAACUUUAUAUUCAUACGCUUCCGGCACUACACAUCAAAAGCAUCUCGUUAUUUCAUCUCGUAUAUUGAUCAAAGUUAUACAUUUAUAUAAUGUUGCUAUACGCUCUAAACACAUGUUUUAAUAAGUGUCUUUUUAAUAUUGCGAUUUAUAUUUUUUGAAGUGAACCUUUUGGUGUUUUUUUUCUUUAAAAUCGACUCUCACAAAUCCUAUGCGUUCCUUGAUUUCUCGGUAAUAUUCUUAAAUUAUAUACACACAUUUCCCAUUUUCCAACGAACUGCAGACAAAUAACAAACGGUAUCGUUUUACAAUAAGUAUAUUCAGGAUAUAAUAUUAAAAUCGCCAACGAGAAACGUAUUAUUUGUCAUCGAUGAAAAAGGUCGAAAUGCCGAUUACCUACAAAAAAAAAAAAAAAUGUGGAAAACCAAUCCUGGGACCGUACGUUUAUCGUCGAAAUACUGUUGUGUAUAUCGCCGAAAUCCUCUUAAAACGAUUUAUUAUAUUAUUUCCGGACUGGAAACGAAAAUGUAGAGGGAUAUAAAAAAAAAUAAUAAACAAAGAUAAGUAACGUUUCAAUGCGGCGUUAUUCCGCUACGCAGUUAAAAUAUUAUAUCGUUAUUAUAUCGCCAUCUUCGUCAUACUAUUACUUAUAUUACUUAUUGAGUAUUAUUACAGUCGAUUAAAUAUACGUACGUUUCUCCCUGAAUAUUUUACAUACUUUUUAAAUAUAACGUAAUUAUUUAGGAUAUUUAAGUAUACUUUAGGUUAAGAUUGCAUUUCCAUAUUGUAUUAUGUAUUAACAUUAAUCAUACAUACAAAUAUGCAAUACAUUGGUUGCACCACCGCAAUCAAUACUUGUUUUUAGAAUUUGUGUACACAGUGUAAAAAAAAAAAAAUAAUAAAUAAAAAUCGUUGUAAAAUCAAUAAAUUUUAAAAGUUCUGCGUGGUUGUAAAAAAGGCCUUUUUUUCUCUACAAGAAAUGCUAAAAUGAUCGUGUAAUAAAAUUUUCGUAAAUUGUGUGAUGACAUAUAAAAUAUUAUAAUAUUCCCGUGGAGCAAUAAAUAGAUUUUGUUUGUUUGUCACUUAUAACUAGAUUUUGGAACUUAUUACCCCUACUAUUACUUAUUACUUAAACCGCUUAAAAAUGUCAAAAACGUUCUGAAAAAAACCACUUGAUAAAUAUUCAAUAUAGCAACGGUUAAAGGGUUUAAAUGUCCCUCUUCUAACGACUUUAAAUUAUUAAAUGUAAUUUUCUUAGGCUACACAAAUUAUAAACCCAAAGUUAUUUUUUGUAUAAUACGUAUAAUUUUAUUUAAACAAAAUAGCUUUUUGUUAAUCAUUUGCGUCGUGUUAGAAAAUUAAAUUUAAUGGUUUAGAGUCGUUUGACGGAGGGCCUUUAAACCCCUCUACCACUUAGUCUAAUAUUAUUUGAUUGAAGUGCUUUUUUUGACGUUUUUAAGUGAUUUUUUUGUGAAUUUUAAGUUAAAUGAGUCCCGAGCCCUUAUAACGCCUGAAUCGAAAUAACAGUACAUUUAAUAUGAGUUUGACCGUAUAACAGAUCGGGUCUAUAAAUAUUUUACAUUAAAUAGACUUUUUGAAUAAGUACCUACUUACUUAUGUGUCAAUUUCUUAUAAAAUAUUUGUCUGUACUUGUAUAUUGAUACAAUAUUAUAUCGUACCAUUUUGUCGUAUGUUAUGUUACUCUCAAAUACAAAUUGACAGAAUUUAGAGCCGUAAAAAUUAUAGACAUAAUACUUAUAAUGUAUGGCAUUAGUUCGCCUAUAGCAGCUUUGUUAGAAAUACCCUGGCAUAAUAUGAUAAGACCUAAACUGUAUACUACAUUUUUCUAACAAAUCACUGUUUUCUCUGUCGUUAAUCUUCUCUCUUUCUUUAAAUAUUAAUAGGCCCCCAGACUAUAGAUGGACUUGCGUUGUGUUGUCAUUAUUGUGCUAUUAUCUUUUUCUGACCGUUUUGGCCGUGACUGGACCUCGCUUUACGUUCGUUUCUUUAUACGUCUGUGGUAGAAACUAAUGUUUAAAAGAGCUGCACUCGCAAGGACAAAACGAAAACAAUCGCGUAAAACACUACAACUAACUAUCAAGCAAAUGUUUUCUCGGGUAACACCAUAAUUAUAUAGUUGUCAUUCGACAACCGCACGGCGUACCUACGUUUGAACGACCGAAAGACUAAAAUAUCCCGUUACCCGAACAGGGCGAAACUACAAAAGUCCGUUGUCGUGAUGUACAAUAGUAACUAUAAUAAUAAUUGUGUGAAUACAAAUGGCAAAUUAACCGAACUGACCGAUGCCGUUUAAGAGUAUGCCACCGACAUUUCUCGUCUCCGCCUAAAAUGGUCAAUACAAUUAUGUUAAAUUUGUAUUUUCGAACUCCCAACAGUACUCAGGAUCUAUAUUAGAAGUCUUAAAACAACAAUUUCACCGAAUUAAAGACGAUAACAUUAUUUCACGGAGGUAUUUUUCGUUAUCAUAAUUCCCACAGACUGUUCGUAUAGUUAAAAUCGAAAAUAUGAUAGAAUUUAAUGAUUAGUAUGUACAUUAUGGUAUAGGCGAGUUACCAGACUUGUGACUAAGUUAGCCAACAGGUACUAAAUCUGUGUAAUAAUUCAGGAACUGACAAGUGAUAAUACACAUCCGUGAUUCGUGAAUUUUAUUGAUCCAGCGGUAACACUUAGUCAUUGAGUCACAAAUCUAUACCAUAUUGAAUCAAUGCAUUCAGUUCACAUAAAAGAGUCAACUCACUCACUCACUACCCAUACAUCUACGAACCUACCAGGUUUGGGAUUUCGUUCGCAGAUAAUUUAUUUUCUGUGGUUUUAUAGCGUUGUAUAAAAUACGAAUAAGGGGCGCUAAUAUGACGCGAUUUUUUUUUUUUUUUUUUGAAACGUUCGAUGAUAACAUUUUGGGCCGUUAUAUUAUUGCUCGUUGUGCAACCAUACAGUAUCGAUAUCGGCGGUAAAAAAUGACAGUUAAUGUUCAGUUAACACGUCUUUAAUCCGGUGAAAUAAUUUUCGUUUUAAGUCUGUUAUAACAGCCUCUACAAUAAUAUUGGGAGUACGCAAACACAUUUAUGCGACACACGUUAGACGUCAGACAACCGUUUCAAAUACCGGUGCAGCGUCCUGUCUAAUAACGAGUUCAUUACGGAAUUAAUUAAUAUUCGCAUACUGGAGACGGUGUUCAUCACGUCACGUCGUCUACGAUAAUAAAAUAUAUUUUCGAAACAUCGACUGUGCAAAUAAUUAAAUUAAAAUGGAAAUAAUGGCGGUAAAAUACUGAAAAUUAAAACCGCAAGACUGCAUUGUAUAAUAUUUAAAAAACCGAAUGCAUGCAUUCGAAAAUCAAUGCGUUCUCGACAUUUUUCACGAAAUGAAUCUUUGUAAGGUUUAUUUUUAAUUUUUUUUUUUAUAUAAACUCUUUUUCUACCAGAAAGCUUACUCCGAUGCAUAAGGUAUACACCUAUAUAUAGACCUUUUCCUGAAAGGAAAUUUUCUUGGGGUGGUACUUUAGGGAGCUCAUUUUUCGAUUUUCUCAUCAAAUGUGUAAAACUGAAAAAAAAACGGAGGAAAACGAGAAAAUGUACGAAAUGUAUUAGUAAAAUAUUACAGUUUUUUUUUCCUGUGAACGACAUUUUUACGAGAAAUCUCGCUACGAUAAUAUGAUAUAUAUAUAUAUUGUUGACAAAGUAUCAUUAUCAACUGAACUCCGUUCAGAAUCGUUUUUCCGUUAGCAUUAGUUUAUCGUUGCUUACAGACAUAUAUUAAAUUUCCUUCUGUAUCCUGCCUUCCCAACUUCCCACCAACAACAGUGGCUGCACUCAUCCCCAUUAUUCUAGAAAAGCUAUUUACCUAUAUGCAUACAGAAUUAUUAUGUAUCUAUACUAGCUGAGUAUUACCCGUCGCUGCCGUGUUCAAGUAUAAAAACAUUAAUAAUCAAUGAGUAAAUUCGAUAUCGCGUUGGCUCAAAACUGUACUAUAACAAUAUUAUAAUGUAUCGAGAAUAUUGUCGGACGUAAUCCGGUGUAACGAUAUAAUGUCUUUGGGUUUUAGCACCGUGAUCGACCUGAGUAAACUGGAACGCGAGAGGACGCACAAAAUCAAACACAAGUUUAACGGAGGCGACGGCGGCGGCGGCGGUGGUGGAAGCGGCAGCGGCGGCGAAAUCCCGCACAAAACCGCGGCCUCCGGCGUGCUGUACCUGUUGCUCACCAUUAGCGGCACGUCGACGAUCGAAAUGAUUACGGACCUGUCCGACUACGACCGGGAGAUCACCGAACAGGAGCACAUCCGGGAAAAGUACUCGGUGAGGCGGACGUUUUGCGAUCUGCGGGACGUGGGCGUGCUGACGGUCCGCGUGUACAAGGCGCUCGGACUCACGUCCGCCGACCUGUGCGGCAAGUCCGACCCGUUUUGCGUGCUCGAACUCGUCAACGCCCGGCUGCAGACGCACACGGAAUACAAAACCCUUUCGCCCACGUGGGACAAGAUAUUCAUGUUGUGAGUAUAUUAAUCGAACGCGAUAAGCCCUUUCGGAUUCGCGGCAUAGCAAAGACGUCAAUCGUCUCACUCUCUCCCUCUCUUUCUCUAUCUAUCCCUCUUACUGCCGUCCGAAACAUCAGCGUGCGUGUCGGUGAACACGCGUGUUAUCCCGAUUAUCGAUUAUCCCUUUUUCCCCGACGACAAAUGUCCGAUGUAAUUUUCAUUUUUCCGAAAAAUCCCGGCGAGACAAUAGCCACGAAUGACGAUGAAUGACGGGUUUUUAUCACGAAUAAUCGUCUUCGACAAAAUAUUUCGAAGGGCGCGCGCGUGUGUGUAAUAUUACAUAGUCUGUAAUCUGGAAUAUAAUUUAUUACCGGACAAUAAAAAAAAAAAAAAAUCAAAACGGUUCAGGUAUAUCACUAAUAUAAUAAACGGUUCUUAUCAGUACCUGCAGCUUAACUGGAAUAAAUGAUACGGUUACUUUACUCACAAGUGAUGACUAACUGUUUUAAAAUAUAUACCUAGGUUUUAAUGAUUUAAUGAUGUGGACGCAAAAUAAUAAUAUAAAUAUUAGGUUUAAAUAUUUCCUCAAAUUGAUAGUAGUCACCGUUCACAACUAUAGCAGCCAUAUAAUGAAGUACGAACUGUUAUCGCUGUGUCGUUUAUUCCAAGUAGAUAGGUACUGAUAAGAACUGUUUAUUUUAUAAGUAAUACAGACCGUUUUUUAUUGUUUUUUUUUAUUAUUACUAUCUGGUAAUAUAUUCUGUAAAUAAUGGUUCAGUUAAUUCCGGAAUAGCCCAGCAGUACGUGUAUAUGUUAUCAUUUUUAAUAUCUAUUAUAGCCUAUACCUUUGUUAUCGACAUGGGUUCGGUUUUAUAUUUCAGACAGUCACAGUGUGACUUUUAAUUUGUUGAUACUUGAUUUUUCAAAUUAAUCAUUUAAUAUUGUGGCCAAAAUCGUAAAUACGUUUUUUCGUUUAUUUAUGAAACAUUUUUUUCGAAUAUCGUGACUUUUUUUUUUAGACAUUUCGGGAAAAAUGUCACUGGGGAGAAAAAAAAUAAACUUCUGUUAAGAAAAGUAUCGAGAAUAAAAACUUUUGUGAAUAAACGUAUUAGAAAGAAAAAAAUGUUAAAAUACAGAGUUGGAAAAGUUUCUUCUUGCCGACUACCCUAUCACUGCGCACGUGUCCCAGACUGGAGAAAAACGAUACGCAAAUCAUAUAUUUUUUGCAAUAACCGUGAUCAAAGCAAACAAUUUACUUUGACGUGCUCGUUUUUUCCGUCGUGGUAAUUUCGUGAAAAUGCGAAAUGAAAGAAAAAAAGAGCAGACACAGUAAAUCAUAUUUCAGAUUUUACAUAUUGUGACCUGUCUGGCAUUUAUUCCUCGCUAAAGACCAACUUUUUCUCGAACGCAUACAAAACAAAUUUUUAGCACACGCUGCCUAUGUUCUCGAGAUUCCUUACACACGUCAUGACUAUACUUUCAUACGUAAUGCUUUAAACAUUCCUACAUUUCGCUCCUGCCUCCUUAAAUCGAAUCGAGAUUUUAUUUCUGCAGUCCAUUGUAGGCCCUUGCACGCACCUGACUUGCUUAAGAUAAUUUCCUUGAGAGUUCCCUUCUACAACACCCAUACAAUUUCUAUUUUUUCGUUGUUCCAACUCACUCUAUUUUCCAUGGCUAUAACCACCAUCUUCAUCGUAUGCUACGCUUCUUAACCUCUUUAUAAAUACUCCAAUUUUCCCUCUUGUGUAUAUUAUCUCCAACAUGUAGUAAUUUUUGAAAAAAAAAAUCGUAUAUUUCGCCUUUUUUAGUUUUUCCCGAUUAUUACGAAAACAACUUUGAAUAUCGAAAAACAACUUACUCUGUCAGUGGCGAAAUAUUAAAAGAGAAACAAAAUCGAUAAAUUGUAAUUAUUGAGUUGGAGUAAUAUUUCUGGUAGAAAACAUCGUGUAAACAUACAAUAAAAACAAUGAAAACGGAAACGCCGCGGCGCUUCGUAAAUAUUUACCGUUUUACAUAAAAUUUUAUUUCUGGUUUUCUUAAUAUAUCAAAAUGUAUGGAAAAUCAAAAAAAAACGACCUCCCUCCAAUUCACCAUCGACGGAAAAUCACUUUUCAGAAAAGGCGCCACAGUCUAUAUUUCGAUUGUUCACAGACACACAAAAUACAAAAACACGCAUCAUAGUGAAACCAAUAGAUCCCUCGCUACGCUCCGAAUCUAAAAUAAUCCAUAUACAGUAUAAUAAUAACAAUAUGUUGUGUGUGACGCACGAUUUCUAAAUGAGUGGGUGUAAAAUUAUCGUACACGCGCUGGUUAAAAUGUUGAAAAUUCGCUCAAAAUAUGGAUUUCGAUACGCCCAAUAUUUCUAAAAAAAAAAAAAAAUAACAUCCCCUAUUCAAUCUAGAUACAUCCGGCUGAAAUCGUUCGCGAAAACAUUUGAAUAAAACACAUUGUAUACCCGCUGUUCCGUUUCGGAUUCGUUUCGAACCAUUACUGCAGGUGUACACCAUUAUUCUUCGGUACGACCAAUAAAUAAUAAGUCGCACCCGAGCGUCACGAUGAUAAAUUAUUAUUCGUUAAAAAUAUGUGUGCGAGCUCAUGAAUCACGAAAUUGUAAUAAUGGUCACUCGUGAUGUCAAGUGGAAAUGACGGUCGCUAUUUUUUUUAGUAAAUCGCCGGAUAAUUGGAUUGUUUUAUUUUUUCUUGAAAUGAGCUCGUAUUAGCCGUAUCGCUCUUUCAAAACACUUCAAUAAACAAUUCGUCUUGACUAUUUUUCGUGCCUACGUUAUCGUUUUUUUCGCAUCCCUGUACGCGUAGACAUGUUCGCUUUCAAAUUCCACCGUACUUGUAUAAAUGAGAAAUAUAGCGACAACAACGACAGCGUUUUGUUUUUAGAAAACACGUUUCCUGCGCAUAGCAUACAAAUAGCCGGUUUCAUUAUUUUAACGAACACGCUAAAUUAAAAUAAGUAAUGGAAAAAAUACCACUAGAGCUGCAGUACGUAUACGAAAAACAAAAAAAAACGAAAAAAUAUAUCGUAGAAUGAGAAACGGAAAUUCUCAAAAACUCGUUAAACGAUAUUUUAUUAAAUAUUUUUAUCCAUAAACAAAAACCAAAGGAAUCAAGAUUUAUUAACCUUAGGUAUAUUAUUUAAUUUUUCGAAAUUCACGAUUCAUUUCGUCUCGUAGAAUAAUUUUAGGACGCAGGAGAAGGACAAUCAUUAUUAUUUUUUAAUAUCGUUGAUGUUUACGUUCCUAACGGAGAAACAAUUCAUUUGAGUAGUUUAUUAGGCAUCCUGCGUUGUUCACAAUAUAUGUAUAAUUGUAAAUUUGUAUAUUUUACGAAAAAAUUCAACGAAUGCAAACUGCGAAACGUUUCGAAAGUAAACGGAAAAACAACAAUAACUGCUAUCGUUCUUUUAAAACGAAAAUGAUUAGAUUAUGAUUUAUUUUUCAUCAAAUUAGUAUACACGUCUCCGCGUGUAUAAUGAAAUGUUUGAAAAUAAAAUAAAAAAUCCACUAUUGCAGCGGUUGUAAAUAGUUUAUUUCCCUGUGCGAAUAACAACGGAGCGCCCCAUUAAUUUUGUUUUGUUUUACAAAAACGAAUCCAAUUACCUAGUUUUCUUAUGUUAUAUAUAAAUUUAAAUGUUAGAGUUACGCAUAAUUUCAGAACAAUGAGAAAAAUAACGAAUAUAUAUAUUUUGUUUCCCCUUGUCUGUUCUGUACGCGGAUUUACGUGUCCACAAACACUACAAGGUCAUAAAUAAUUGCGUAACAAUGAUUUAUUGAAAUAUAGGAGAAGGAUUAUGGAUUUCGAAAAUUUAAUUUUCUUAGAUCAGAUCGGCUACAAUAAUUUGAUGGAAAAACACUUAAUUUAAAAAAAAAAAAAAAAAAAAAAAAAAAAAACUCGAGGCGCAUAUAGUGUACGGAAUAUUUUAUUUUUUAGAGGUCUGAGGUAUUUAUAGAGGUAUUUAUCUGAAAUAUUAUAACUUUGGAUUAUAGUUUUAUGAAGGUGCCGAAACUGCAGAGUCGUAAAUCGUAAAACAUUUCGGCAGCUCCGAGGGUCCAACGGGCUCCGCGAUGGUAUACCCUAUCAGAAAUUAUUGCGUUCGUAUUUUAUCCGCGACAAGGCGUUCUAAAAUGGAGUUUUCUAAAAAUUCUAUACAGACUCUUAUAGAAGAGGUUUACACGGCUAAACACUUAUAGCCGUUUAACGCGAAAGAGGCGGCGAAAAAUGACGCCGUAUUAUGUUAUCAAAGAACGUGGGUUGUCGCAAUAUGGAAACAAAUGUAACAAAUUUAUUAUACAAAUCGUCUACAAUCAUAUAUAAUCGUUUAUAAGUUGUCGUAGGCUAAUGGGGACCGUUGCAGCCACUGUUGUAGGUGGGAAGUUGGGAAGGUAGGUUAUAGACGGGAAUAUUAUGUAGAUCUGUAACCAACGAUUAACCAUUGAUAACGAAAAACGAUUCUAAGCGGAGUUUGGCUGAUAGUGAUGCUUUGUCGACAGUUUACAGUCAUAUUUUGGUAAAAUAAUUACAUAUGCAUUACACAUUUUCCUGAAUAAUAUUUGUUUAAUAUUGUACCUAUUUUCCCGGUUUUUACCAUGUUUUUCCAGUUUAUUGACAAAACUCGUGGGAAAAUCAAAAAAAUAACCUCAUUAAAGUACCUCCCCAACCAGAUUUCCUUUCAGUAAAAGUGCUAUUAUUGUAAGUCGAAGCAAAACUGCUGGUGGAAAAUUUAAAAUACAAGUCGAAAGUAGACUGUAAUUUACUAGCGGUGAAAAACAAUGCUAUGAUAUUAUUAAUAUUCUUAUUACUGAAUUUUCUUCUAACCAACAAAGGUUUUUACCCUUUUUUAACGCUUACGUAGUCAUUUUUUCCUUUUGUACUGGUUAACCGUUAAUUCGCGUUAGUGUCAUAAGAAAUCAGAAAAAAUAAAAAACAAAAAAAAUUUGACUUCGUGUGGUGUUUCCAGACCGGCUGUUACUAAAAUAACGGAUAGUUCCGUUUAAAUUUGAUAUUUGAAUGUUUUAAAACGUCGGUCGGGAUACGAAAGUGCGGACAAAAAAUAAUACAUGAUCCCAAAGAAAACACAGUUGCAAGCUUGCGAAUAUUGGAAAUCUGUUUUCGGACUAUUUCUUAACACGUGGCUAAAUCUGACGUAAAGUACGAUACUUCGUCGGUGACAUAUGUGACACCCGUGACGAAACGAACGUGGUCUUUGGAAUAGCGAUUGUUUCUCGAAUUUGUUUAAGACUUAGAGAUGAAUAGCUGGGUCAUUGAUAUAAAAAUUACUGAACAUUAAUACUCAUUUACUAUUAAUAUAGCGAAAAUAGGUCAAUGAAUCGGGAUAUAUUCUGUAUACAUCGGGAAAUAUUUAUGGGUGGGUACUGCAGGCCGCAGGGUUUGUUGAACGAAUAAGUUGUUUCUGUGUUAUUUUAGGUUAUUUCUUUUACUCCAGUAAUACACGGAUCUUAUCCGGCUCCUUAUAAAAACGAUCACGCCCAAAAUAACAUUUGUUCUUGGCUAUAUUUUGAACAUUAUGAAUAUUAUAAUGUCUAAAAUUUGUUCAAAAAUUAAUAAAAUAAAAAAUAAAAAAAACACUAAUAUUAUAAUAAGUUUGGAUCUGUUGAUGUCAAUAAUUGUUUUAUCAAAUCCUUGUUCAUGUACUAAACUCCGCAAAUAAAAUAGGUCAAUGGGUAAAUAUAAAUACUUGGGUGAAAGUGCUUCGUAUUUUUAUGAAUGAAAUAUGGUCGUUAUGUUUUUGUGUUGUUUGAUAAUGUGGUGAUUUUUUUUUCCAUUCCCGUUUGUAUUUCAGCAACAUCAGAGAUAUCAACUCUGUCCUGGAAGUGACCGUGUUCGACGAGGAUCCCGACUACAAAGUGGAGUUUUUGGGCAAAGUGGCUAUACCGUUGCUGUCCGUCAAUAACGGCGUACAAAAAUGGUAUCCGCUCAAGGACAAAAAGCUAAUGACCCGCGCCAAAGGGAACAACCCGAAAAUCCUAUUGGAAUUGCGACUAGUCUGGAAUCCGGUAUCUUUUCCAAAUUCAUUUUGCUUUUUGUCCCGUUAACGGUGAUAUAUGUUACGGUCUAUGAACGAUUACUAGGCAAUGUCAAAAUUGUUCGAGAAUUUCGAAGAAUACUUGAUUCCGUUAGCAAAGUUCGAAGUAUGGUAUUAUUUCUUACUUUACCCAGUCUGUAGUUGGGCAAUUCGUGAACAAUGAGCAAAACGAUUAUAUAGGUGUUUAUUAUGUUAUAGAGAUUUACAUAGGUAGUACAUUAUUACAUUAUUAUAUAAUUACAUUGGUAUUUUUUACGUGUUGAUCGUCGGAUAACGUUAAUAAUAUAUUAUAAUAAAUAAAUAUUAUCAAUUCAUAAUUGUUAAAUAACAAAGGAAACAACCACUGAAAAAAGUCAAAAUGACCCAGAAAAAGUUACAAAAUAUGCAGGGUAAAAUUUAAAUUUGUAUUAAAUUUGUUUAUUUCAUUUCAUAAUUUUGAAGCGUAAGUUGUUAAUUAUUAUACUUUUUAUAAACAAAAAGUAAAAUAUAUAAUAUAGUAUACGUCAUGUGCAGUACAAAAAUUUAAUAUUUAAUUUUUGUUAGUGAAUAUGAGCAUUUUAAAUUAAACACAGUUAAUGAAAAUCUGUAAGCUGACAAGUACAAUAAAUUAAGAAUACGUUUCAUUUUUAUUUUUUAAUUAAUUUUGAAUUAUACAUAGCAAUAACCAUGUAAUUAGUAUUUUACUAAUCGAAUUUAGUACAUUUUAAUUGACUACGAAUGUAGUAUGUUAAUUAGAAAAACAAUAAGUUACUUACCAAAGUGCGUUCCGUGUUCACUUUUUUGAGGCGUAAUUUUAUUUCACCUCUGCAUGUAGUGACUAAAUAUGCAAAAAAAGACGCAGAACAUCGUCGGAAGAUGUAAAACUAUGAAAUAUGUAUAUUAUGCUAAAUCCAGUUUUUAUUUAUUAUUAAAUAACCGCACACUGUUAUCCGACGAUCACGACAAUGUGCACGGCGAUUAAAAACACACUAAAAAAAUAAUCAAUGUAAUAAUAUAUUGUAAUCCUCUUCACAAUAAUGUGAUAAUGUGUAAUACCAGGUGACCAUUUAAGUGGGUAAAUUCAUUAUCUCGGAAAGUAUUAACUUUUUCCAGAUUUCGUUUUCUAGAACAUUUAGGCAACAAACAACCUAUUUUAAAAAUUCCAUGAAUGGAUGGAGGAUUAGUUGAAAUAUAUUUUAGUGUUGACAUUUUUUAUUUCCGUUAAUCCGUUGACGAGAUAUCCACUUUUAAGUUUGGGUCGGAGGAGAGCAGUGUAGUAUUUAUAGUGGGUUAACUAUCAAAAAUAACAUAAAUAUAAAUUUUUAGAGCUGUUUGUUUCCUAAAUGUUCUAGAAAACGAAUAACGAAAAAAGUUAAUAUUUUCCGAGAUAAUGAGUGUACCCACUUAAAUGGAUUACCCGGUGUAUAUUAGUUAUUUGCCCACGGACACCGCGGGCGAUUCACGGGUCGCCCGACUUCGGAUCGGGACAACCAGCAAGACACGGUAAAAUACUUCGGACUUUUCACAACUUUUCACACUUUUCACACCACGAAAAGCCCGGAAAAUGUCGGUAUUGUCUAGUGAUCGUAACACCGUAACACACACACACAUUUAUACCCGCUCGGCUGCUUGGUAUAAUUUCCUUGUUCGUUAAGUUUAGAUACGAGCGUUCAUCCGGACGUUGAACCCAAAGGAGGAAAAGUACAUGCACCAAGAAAUCAAGUUCAAACGCCAAACGUUGAUCAGGAACGUCAUGCGGUUGAAAGAUCUCGUCUUGUGGGCUAUCGACAUCGGGAAAUAUUUCGAGUAAAAACAAUAUUAUAAUUUUUAACAAUAAUAUUAUAAUAUCUCCGAGUGUGUGCAUCGAGUUCGUGAAUAACAUAAUGAUUUCAUUAUUCUUCGUCGUAAAGCGAUUCCGGAUUGUGUACCGCGUCGCUAGAUCAAUACACCUAUUAUAUUCAGGGUGUGCAUCGUCGGGUAGCUGACGCAACGGUUUAAUUGUUUUGCAAUGUGAAGCGCAAGAACAUUUAAAUUAUCAUGAUAUAAGUCCUCAGCCCGGAGUUUUUGACGUUAAAACUUUUACGCAAUCGUUUUUACAAUGAUAAGUAAUACCUGUCAGUUAUUACAAUUAUUGUUGGUAGGUAUAUUAUUAUAUUAUAAUGUGAUCCACCUGCAGUCGAUUUGAUUUAAAAUUUUAAAAGUAACCAGACGAAAAAUAAAAAUGUUCAUUGCGUGAUAGAUAAAAAAAAAAAAUUAUGUGUUUGUUUUAUAAAGAUAAUUUUUAAUUUAGCUUUAAGUUUUUGAAGGGAUCACAAAAUAUCUCGUAACUGUAUAAUACGAUUAUUUUACAAAAGAUAUGUGCGCACCUAAUAUUAAACGAUGCCUAACUACUACUAGAUACUUAAACUAUGUAUCAAAACUUAAAAUAUCCAUCAGAGUUAUUUGACCGGUUUACUGAAACAUACUUUGUACCGUCUGUUCGUAAAUUUAACGAUCUAAGGUUUAAAAAUACGGGACACUAAAAUAAAAAAAAAAAUUGAAUUGAUUCUAACGUUUAAUAAAUAAGUGAAAUAAGUGUAAUAUAUAAUAAGCUGUGAACCUUAUUGUAAAUAUAUAGUAUAAAAAAAAAGACGGACAUACUUUGCACGCUGGGUGGAUCACUGUUGUAAAUGAAGAAGGUAAGGAAAAUAAGAUUUAGAGGGGGAAUUUCAUGUAUAUCUGUACGUAACGAUUAAUCUUUGCUAACGAAAAACGAUUCUAAGCGGAGUUCGUUCAUACAUAUUUUGAAAAACCGUAAUAUUUAUGAUUAAACACUUCUGUUUGGUCUAACAAUAAUUGUAUCCACUGAGUACCCACCAAAUAAAAAUUAGGUACGUAAAAACUCGCAAAUUUAAAAUGUCUAUAAAUAGCUCAAAAAUGGUUCAAAUGUCUUGAAAAUAUUACCACGUCUAAAAUAGGCAAAUAUUUAUUGUUUUUUUAAAUUUUAAGUCUAUGCGAACAUCUUGAACUAAAUUACAAUAAAAAACCAAAAUUUAAAAUAAUAAAAGUAAUAUUUUUGUAAACUUUCCGGUUUUUUCUCAAUGUUUCCCAAGUUUUUCACAACUUUAGACUCCCAACUCAAAACUACUUAGAAAAUCAAAAAAAUUACUUGCCCAAAUUAUCAACUAGAUAAAAAUUUCUUUUUAGAAAAGGAACUACACUUGUAGCUCCGCUCAAAAUUUAAAACAAAAUAAAUAUGUGCUGCAUACAAUUUUUUAAAUACAAAUAAAAUAUUUUUACACAAAAACAAUUUCAUUUUGAUCAUGAAGGUUAUUCAAUGCUUUCUUCUAUUGUUUUUGAGUGAUUAUAGAGUGACCACGAGUUGGUGGCAAACCUAAUACUUUUUAAGAUGAGUUAAUAAGAGAGAACAUAAUAAUAAUGUGGCUAGAGGCUAAUGGAGAACGAUGGUUCGAGGAUCGUUGUGUUAUAAGAUUGAUAGCUGGGAAGUUAUUCAAAAAAGAGGAAGGUGAGAAAGUAAUAUAGAAAGGAGCAGAUACACGAGUGAUACUAGUAUUAUUAUUAUUAGUAAGGCUCAAAUUUUAUAACACUGAAAAUGCGCUAUAAUAUGACCCAAACAAAAUAUUAAAACAAGCUAUAAAAUACGAGUAUGUGAUGAAACAUGAAAAUGAGCAAAAAUAAAAAUGUAUUUAUUUUUUAAAAUUUGUAAUUGUUUUUAAUUUAUAAAUACUACCGAUACGAAGUCACAAAUUUAGAAUGUCCGAUUAGUCGAUAAGUUAGGCUACUUAAAAAUUGAUUAAUAUGAAACGAAAAUGUAAGUAUUUUUCUUAAAGAGUAGCACCAAAAAUUGAAAAAUGCACUAAAAAUCAAAAAUCUUCCAAAUACACAAAAGGUAAUCGCUUUUAUAAACAAUAUUAAUCGUGUUUACGUUUUCCCAUAGAUACUGGGUGGAAUGGGAAUCGCCGAUGCACACCAUCCUCGUGUUGAUCGCAUUCGUGUUGGCUUGUCAGUUUUUCGAGCCAUACAUGGCACCGAUCGCCCUGUUGCUCGUUUUCCUCAGGUAUUACGUGGCCCGUACGUGGGGAGCGUUGAAAGUAAGCGACGACGACUACGAACAGCAAAUAGACGAGGACGACCAACAAGAAGACCGUGACGACGACCAAGAAGACGACAAAUCCAAGGUACCGAUACGCCGACCCAAGUACCUGUCUGAAAAUGCAUUUAUAUUCGAAUACCGAAAUUAGAUCAGUAAAACUGCGUAUUUUCAGGAGGAAAAAAAAUCGCUGAAAGAACGGCUAUCCGCGGUGCAAGAAGUCACACAACUAGUACAAAACACAAUCGGGGAAAUAGCGUCGUUUGGCGAAAAGAUAAAAAAGUAAUUUUUCCUCGAUUUUUUUUUUUUUUUUUGAUCUAUGUACGUAUAUACUUCAAACAAAUCGUUUGAAUUUUUAUUUUACAGCCUUUUGGACUUUUCCGUGCCGUUUUUAUCGUACUUGGCCGUACUGUUGCUAGUCGGCGUCACGAUUGUACUGUACUAUAUUCCGAUUCGAUAUUUAAUAAUGGGCUGGGGCAUCAAUAAGUUUACGAGGAAAAUACUUCGACCCAACACCAUUCCGAACAACGAACUGCUGGAUUUGCUUUCCAGAGUGCCUGACAACGAAGAAAAGGUAAACGAUUUCGUCGGGUACACACCGGUCGACAAAGCUACCGUCUAUACGAAUCUAUUUAUGUAAUUUUAAAAUAUAUCCAUUAAAAGACAAUUAAAGAAACUACAAUCGACGACGCAAAAAAAAAAAAAUAAAAAAUAUAUGGAUAUCUAUAAUAAUAUUAAAAUAAUAAAAAUAGUAAAUCGUAAUUAAAUAUACCAUUAUAAUAAUCUAAUAUAUUCCGCAGCUUCAGCGUUUGGAACUCAAAGAAAGAUCGGUAGAAAGUGUAAAAUGGUAUUGUAUAUGGUUGGUAAAUUAUUCCAUUUAAAAUAUUAACGAUCCAAUUAUAUCAUAUUAUUUUAGAAUUUAAUCGUUUCGAUAAAUUCGCGUGUACUGGAUAAAAUGUUUUUGACGAUAAUUAUUAUUAUAAAACGAUUUUUCUUUAAUCGAAAAUAAAUAAAACGAAUUCAGUGGCCCCGCUGAAAAUAAAACUAUUCGCAAUCUCUUAGCGAUUGUACAAGUGGCGUAGCUCCCGCAGAGGCGACCGAGGCAGUACUCUUGGGGCGGGUUAUACCACAAAAUAUAUCCAGUAAAAAUAUCUCCGUCAAAUUGUCCGCUAUAAUAUCUAUUGUACGGCUCUCUCGUCUAAACUGUUAUAAUCGAAUUAAAUUAUCUUUAUUUGGUAAACGGGCCAUGAUAGAAGGAAAUACUAGGUACAAUCAUUAUCAUUAUCUCUAUUUUAAUGGGAGAUAUUUUUACUGAAGAUAUUUGGACGGGUCGCCCUAGGGACGUGCGACGUUGGGAGCUGAAAUGUGUGACAGGAACUCUGGAAAUCGUCAAUUAUUUAAAAGACAAAUAAUGUUAAAAAUGUAAUCGAUUUAAACGUACACAUGAAGUAAGCCUAAUAAUUAGAUAUUCAUGACAAUUUAAUUGACUGCGAUUCAUGUGUCACUUGCAUUCUGCAGUGACAAAUUGAUAAAGCUGAUAAUAUUAUAAUUUAUAACCAUUAAAUUUGCAUAGUGCACUUAAUCAAUGGCCAUACUAAAUAUGUUUACUGUAAACAUUAUUUUAUAUUUUCAUAAAAAUAUAUUUGGUAUAAAUUUAUGUCUAUGUAUGGUGUAAAUGUAAAUUUACUUAAUUUAAAAUUUAGACGUGAUUGAGUUAAUCUUUUCAAAAAAAAAAAAAAAAACAUACAGUUACAACACUGUUUUGGUGACAAAAAACAUAAUUCCAUUAUUUAUAAUAGAGACCGAAAAAAUUAGUCUCAGGGAGCUUUAAUGUAUAGCUACGCCACUUGAUUGCACCUAUACGUAGAUAACAGAAUACAAAACAAAUAAUUACAUCUGGGAGGAAAUCUUAUAGUGGCUACAAUAACAAAUUAUUAUACACGUACAGUUUUUUAAUUUCAAAACAACACUAUUUUUUUUGAAAAAUAAGUAUUGUCGGUUCGUUGUUGAAACCCGUCAUACUCAAGCGCGGCGCACAAGACGCAGUGGCGUAGCCAGCGAGUAAGCCCGGUAGGCCCGAAAUUACCCACUUUUCUCCGAAAAUAAACGCAAUUUUAAAAAUUAAAAAUUUGUAUCAGUACUCUUUCUUAUUAAAACAUUUAUAUUAUUUUAUCUGGAUACCCGAAAAUAAUAUUUCUAGCUACGUCUCUGACUGGACGAUUGUUUUGUUCGCUUGUUUUUAAACUGGAUUCGUAUUGCGGUUUAAAAUAUUCGUUAUCACACACAAUCGUCAUCAGCACGUUUUAUCCUGAUAAUAAUGGUCCACGAAUAUCAUUGAUAUUAUUGAUAAUUUGUUAAAAAUUAAAAUUAAAUAUCGUAGUUAUCUAAUACUCAACAAACCACGUGCCCCCCUCCCCCCCCGUAUACAUCGAUGCUGCACCGAAAAUCGUACACCCAAAUCGCCUCUGUAAUUGUUACCGCGAUUCCCAAUUCGGACAAUUCGCCGGUAAAACGAACGGUCUCCUGAAUAUUCGGCCCGAUAAAACCAUUUUUCUUUGGCGUUAUUUGUUUUGUAUUCGAUCUGCAGCGCUCGGAUGACGUCCAACGUUAUUUGGUUAACGCGUUAUUAAUCCGUUUUUUUUUUUCAUCCGUCUCACAAAAAAUUAUAAUAUUGCACAAGAACGGGAAAUUUCUUCGCGAUUAUUCGUACGAGAUUCGCGAAACGGGUAUUCGCGUGACGGACGCGAUAAAAAUAAUAUUGCUAAUUGCUAAAGUUGAAGCUCGUUAAAAAAAAAAAAAAAACAAAAACAAAAGAACAAAUUGUAUCAUACCCACGGCGUUUAAUUGACGAACAGAAAUUAAUUAACGUGCCUUUAUUUCGUUUAGAUAUAUUACAAAGAAAUGAGAACUAACGAUAGCGCGGACGGCGGUAGCGGCGGAGGUGAUAAAUCUAACAAGGAAACGAAAAGAAAACAGAAGCUGUGA